AUGACGCCGCCGUGUCCCAACUUCCACCCCUCACAGCUGCCGCAGCAGAUCCAGUUGAAUGCCGACGGCAGGAAAAGGAAGACAGAAUCGGGCAAGGAUAUCGAUCUGAAGGCGUGCGACCUGAUGGGCCUGCUGCAAUACCACUGCUCGGUUGAGCACCCACAGCGGCAGGACAGCUCCGUCAUGUGCUAUCCUGUGCAAAGAUGGUUCAGAAGGUGUCAGGACAAAAAGGGCAGUUUCACUGUCGAGACUACAGCUUGGGAAGGAACCACUGCCGACACUACCCCAAGCACUACAUCGGCAGGCGGCCCAGGCAGCACUCAAUUCCAAUCAACCACCACGCAUUGGCAUGACGGCAACAAAACGGACUAUAUUCAGCGCUGA